CAGCUGGCAGAAGGGUCUGAAAAAAGAAUGUUAGCAUGUCUUUCCCCUGUUGGUACCGUAAAUAUCUUCCAUGUAGUUCACAGGGUUUAUUUUAGUCCGUGAGGCAGGAUCAAACGGUUUCUAGCUAAAGUCAAAGUCAGAGGCUUCCCAGUUUGCUCUGUGUUGAGUCAGAGAUUGGAUAAAAAGUUGUGUUUUGCCUUGAUAUCGACAGGAAAACACAACUUUAAAACUUCAGUGCAAAUAUGUCUAACGGCAGAGACCUUGAGGAUCUCAACGAAGAGGACAUUGAUGAGGAUGAAAUCCUUGCAAUGCUUUCGCCUGAGGAGCUUAAGGAGCUUCAGAGUGAGAUGGAUGUUAUUAUUGCACCAGAUGAGAGUGUACCAGUAGGACAGAGACAGAAGGACCAGACAGAAAAACCUCCGACAGGGACGUUUGACCACAGAUCCCUAGUUGAUUACCUCUACUGGGAGAAAGAGUCUAAACGUAUGCUCGAGGAAGAAAGAGUGCCUGCUACUCUCCUGCCCAGUGAGAGGAAGUCACUGAAGAAGAAGCUGCAGAUUGUGAAACUGGAGAGGAAAUUAUGAGAAUUGAGGGAUGAAAAGGACAAAAUAAUAGAUGUGGGAAGAGAGAAAGAGACGAAGCAACUUGUUGAAGUCCAACCUGAAAAUGUAGAUGAACACGCAGAGCCUCUGGAUAUCACAGAACAAGCACCAGGAAAAAAUACAACUGGCAGUCAGCCUUUCUCAGGCACAAAGGAGACUACUGAGACCUUAGCUCUGAAACACAACACUGAAGAGAAAGAAGGAAAUAAAAGUACAAAAUGUUUGCCUCCCCAAGAGGCUCCAGAGGAGCCAGAAACAGUCGAACCCAAUGAGAAGCUUCCAGAGAAAGAAGAGAGAAAAAUAGGUAAACUGAAAAUCCCGAAGCUUUCACUCAAUAAUAUAAAAAUUACAUCAAGACCUUCAGGAAAUGAUACAAACUUGGAGUCGACACUUGAUAAGAUCCGCAAAAACAACCCCUCUAUCACUGAGGUAAACCUCAACAAUAUAGAAAACAUUCCCAAAGAGAUGCUCGUGGACUAUGUCAACGCCCUGAAGAAGAAUAAAUAUGUUAAAACAUUCAGUUUAGCCAACACUGGUGUCGAUGAAAAUAUUUCUUUCAAUCUAGCCAACAUGCUACGAGAGAAUCGGAGCAUUACGACUUUAAACAUUGAGUCAAACUUCAUAACUGGCAAAGGCAUCGUUGCCAUCAUUCGCUGCCUCCAGUUCAAUGAGACUCUCACAGAGCUGCGUUUUCACAACCAGAGGCAUAUGCUAGGUCAUCACGCAGAGAUGGAAAUCUCUCGCUUGCUCAAGGCCAACAACACCCUUCUGAAGAUGGGCUACCACUUUGAACAGCCAGGGCCCAGGAUGGUAGUGACCAACAUUUUAACAAGGAAUCUGGACCGUCAGAGGCAGCUGAGGAAGGAAGAGCAGAGGCAGCAACAGCUAAAGCAGCAGAGGGAGCUGAUGCAGAUGUAUGAGAGCAGUCUCAAUCUACCUCCUGGUUUACUUGAGAUGCUGGGAUACAUACCACCCAUAGAAUUCCUACAGGAGCAUGGACUUGCCCCACCCUCAUCAGAGCUGAAUGCUGUUGUGCAAACACAACACCAGACAGAACAACCAGAGCCCCAGAAGAAGAUCAAACACAAAAGCAUUCCCAAACAACCCAGUGAUGAACCAGCAAACCCAUUAAAGGAUGUCCAGCUGAGGAGAACUCCAAAAAAACGGGAUCCUAUAUUCGAGCUGGACCCAAGAGAUGAUAGAAGAUCAGAGAGGGCAAGCUUUCAACUGAGGAAGACUCCCAAAGUGAAGGAUACAGGCAGUGCAGGGAAUGAGGAUGAAACGGCCAAUCUGACUGACGUGAUCAAGUCUUUAAAACCUGUCCCUCGCAGACGAUUACCUCCAAAGGUUGACGUGACACCUCGUGAUCAGCUCCUAAAUGAUAUCAAAAAGAGCAACGUGGCUUAUCUCAAAUCUGUGCCUCUCCCUAAAGCCCUGGAAUCAAGUGAAACGAGUCUCCUGUAAGGCGCUGCUGUUUCUUCACCAUAGUAUUUGUUUUUAUUACACAUGCUCAGUAUUAGUCACUUCACAUGAACAGUACAAAUUGCUACUGAACUUUAAUUACCUAGAGAAAAAUACUGGUUAGUUCUGUUUUAUUUCAAUACGUGAUAUAGUCUUUGCAAAGUCACAGCAAUUAUGAACACUGACUACAGCCAAAUAUUGUGUAUUAAUUCUACAGUAAAGCGUGUUACCCUUUCAUAAUUUGAAAGCUCUUCUGAAUACAGUGCAUGGUUAAGAAAAAAAAGUGUAUUCACACAGUAUUUGUUCAUGAUGUCUACAUAUACAACAAUUUCUCUAAUCUUUGUGCUUAAAAUGAAUUAGCAAGCGUGUUUGAUUAAAUGUUUGUGACUUAAUCAUUUUGCUAUUAAAUAAUAUAAACCUUCCA